CUGCAUGCAAAUCACGUCUCCACUAUACGAGCCUCUCCAUUGGCCGUCCUCUCGCUCAUUUAGCUGCUGUCAGAGAGAGCUGCACGCUCCGGGAACUUUUGCACCAGAAAGUAAAGCUUCCAACACAACAAGCCGCGCACUUAUUCUCCUCUGUGCAACUCUGGAUGACAGGAAAAAGUGGAUUUGUGAGACUAUACAGCACCUUUUCGUCAUCUCUCUCUUUAUUGGAGGUUUGGAUGUGUCUGUGUGUUUGACUGAGAAGUCCUAUAAGACAGAGAGUUUGAAUGUACAGCAUCAUGAUGGAGACGGACUUACAUCCCCCCGUGGUGCCUCAGACCAACCCAGGAGGACACCCAGCAGGAGGAGGAGGUAAUAAAGUCCCCCAGGACCGCAUCAAGAGACCCAUGAACGCCUUCAUGGUGUGGUCCAGAGGCCAGCGCAGGAAAAUGGCACAAGAGAACCCAAAGAUGCACAACUCUGAGAUCAGCAAGCGGCUCGGAGCGGAGUGGAAAGUGAUGACCGAGCAGGAGAAGAGGCCGUUCAUAGACGAGGCCAAGCGGCUGAGAGCCAUGCACAUGAAGGAGCACCCGGACUACAAGUACAGACCGAGGAGGAAGACUAAGACGCUGCUGAAGAAGGACAAGUACUCCUUGGCUGGAGGGCUGCUGGGCUCGCCUGUGGGAGUCGUGCAGCAGCAGCGGCUGGAGAGUCCAGGUGGAGGUGGAGGUGGACAGGUGAACUACUCCAUGAACGGAUGGGCGAAUGGCACCUACUCGGCCGCAGCUGCACACGCCAUGAUGCACGAGGCGCAGCUCGCGUACACGCACCACCCGCAUGCGCACCAUCACCCGCAUCACCACCCGCAGAACGUGCACAGGUACGACUUGUCCUACAGCCCGAUCUCGAACUCUCAGAGCGGCUACAUGAGCGCGUCUCCACCGGGCUACGGAGGGAUCACCGGUUAUUCCCAUCAGCAGCAGCACCAGAGCGCCUCUCCGGUGUCUCUGGUGAAAUCUGAGCCUAGCAGUGUGAGUCCACCGGUUUCUUCUACGGGACGCCCGUGUCCAACCGGAGACCUGCGGGACAUGAUCAGCAUGUACCUGCCGAGCAGCGCCGGAGAGGUACCGGGAGAUUCCUCCGUUCACAGCAGACUGCAUGUGCUCCACCCGCAGCACUACCAGAGCAGCUCCACUCCGGUAAACGGGACGCUUCCUCUGACUCAUAUCUAAUCUCUUUACAUGUAUAGAAGCACUACAAAACCAAAAUAUUUAACACUAAAUGUGUGGAAGCAGGCUGCUGAUGAUGAUGAAUUGUUAAUUAUAGGCGGUUAUUAUAGCAAAAAUGCAAUCACUUUGAUGAACAAACUUUUUAUUUUCUUUCAAGUGAUGGAUUUUUUUUUUUUGUCUGUCCUUGCUCUCUUGGAAACAGAGCAUGCCAAGUUUUGAUUUUAAAUUAUAAAAGGCUGGUGCAUUUUUUGAAGGUUAUUUUUUUUUUUUUUUUUUUUGACACUUUUUUUUCUUUUUUUGUGGAAUUAAAAAAAAGGCACCAGCUGUGUGUUUGAGGAGAAACCUGUUUUAAAAAGAGGGAAUCGUAUAAUAAUAAUAAUAAUAAUAAUAAUAAUAAAAAAUGGGAGGAAAGGUUUGGAAGAUGUGUUUUAAAAAAAAAAAAAAAAAAAAGUUUCUAGGCUGCAAUUUUAAAUUGAUUUUUCAGUUUUAAUGCUUGUAAAACAAUGUGAGUCAGUCGGUGUAAUUUGAAUUUUGUUGUUGUAAAAUCUUGUAAAUUGUGAAUAAAUAGGCCUACUGAAAACACCUUUAUGAAAUUGUACAUAAUUUAUAAAAUACCAUUUAUGGGUUGAAGAUCA